CGGGAGCGCGCACAGCAGAGCGUCAGUGCGCGUUCUCUGGCGACUGAUGCUGAUGCUCAGAGGACACGGAGUGAUUCGAGCAUCACCGGGAACCGACUGAAUUAUCGUGCCAAAUCUUCGGGCUUCGGUAGGAUGCGUCAGGACGGAUCCAUGCAGAUGGCUGCGACACAGAAAGAAGGAUCUGACCAGAACUUCGAUUAUAUGUUCAAACUGCUGAUCAUCGGCAACAGCAGUGUAGGAAAGACGUCGUUUCUCUUCCGGUACGCUGACGACUCCUUCACGUCAGCGUUUGUGAGUACGGUCGGCAUCGAUUUCAAAGUCAAAACCGUCUACAAGAACGACAAGAGAAUCAAACUGCAGAUAUGGGACACUGCUGGGCAGGAGAGAUACCGCACCAUCACCACGGCGUACUAUCGUGGAGCCAUGGGCUUCAUCCUUAUGUACGACAUCACUAACGAGGAGUCUUUUGGAGCCGUGCAGGACUGGUCAACCCAGAUAAAGACGUACUCCUGGGACAACGCGCAGGUCAUCCUGGCGGGAAAUAAGUGUGACAUGGAGGAGGAGAGAGUCGUGUCUACAGAUAGCGGCAGACUGCUGGCAGAGCAGUUGGGUUUUGAGUUUUUCGAGACAAGCGCCAAGGACAACAUCAACGUCAAGCAGACCUUUGAGCGCCUGGUGGACAUAAUCUGCGACAAGAUGUCUGACAGUGUAGAGACUGACCCUGCCGUUACCACAGGAACCCAGGGAACGGCCCGGUUAACAGAUAACCCUCCUCCACUACAGCAGCCUAACUGUGCCUGUUAGUGCUCAGUUUACAUGGUAGCAUAAGUGUGUGCGUGUAUUACACCUUUAGAUAGAUGCAUAUAUCCUUUAAUGUCAUAGAAUACAGGUGCUGGAACAACUUGAAUCUGAUCAGUGCAUGUCAGGAGUCAUGUGAUCCUUUACACCCGAUGGGAACAGAGCUGGCAUUUGGAUGCAGUCUUGAUCAAUAGCAGGCAGUUUUUCAGUGUUUUAUAAAGCAGUAUGGAUAAAAAUAUCUUGAAAAAUAUUAAUAUGUUGCAUUUCUUUGGUCAUCAGCUUUUGGUAUAUUUGGCCUGUGAGUUUGAACCACUAGGUGGUGUUCAAACAGGACACGUUCUUGUAUUCCAGAACAUAAAGCCACAAUGCAGGGGUCUUGAGGCGCUUUUAAAAUGAUAAGAUGCAGCGGCCAUAGACGUCUGUCUGAUGCAUGUGAAAACAGACCAAAUGAACCCAGAACACAAGAAUGUGUUGUGUACGAAUGCCCUUUUUGCCUGUUUUGUUCCAGCACCUUUGCACUAGAAUCACGUCUGUCUAUACGGUGCCUAGUUCAUUCUGACACACUGUUUUCUUUACUGUCAGUCAAAGUCCUAAUGGCCUUUACAGCACUGUUAUUUAGUUUGUCAAGACUUCGUCCACAUGCAUGCAGCGGCUGUUUAUGAACUAAUGACUGAGCAUGAUCGAACUGACCUUUCACUAAGCCCAACCCCCUCAGUUACAAAUAAACAUAGUGACGAAUAAAAACAUAGUUACGAAUUAGUUUAGAAUGAACUGGAGAAUUGUUUAUGACUUUGAGCAUGAUCGAUGUCACCUUUCGUUAAGCUCUGCCUUCUUAGUUACAAAUAAAUGUAAUUGCAUAGUUACAUACUGAAAAGUAGUUACAAAUUAGAAUAGAAUAAACUGGUGAUUUUUGUGAACCCUAUAUGAAUUUGAGUACAGUCGAACUGACCCUUAACCAAGCUCCACCCCAUUAGUUAUAAAUAGACAAAAUCUCAACGUUAUGAAUAAAAACUUAGUUGCGAGUUCAUUUAAAACAAACAGGAGAUUUUUGUGAUCUCUUUAUGAUGUAAAAGUGCGAAUGAACUAACUUUUUGCUGAGCUCCACCUUUGGUGGCGAAUAAACUUAAUUGUUACGCCUAAAAAUGUCAUUAAGAGUUCGUUUAGAAUAAACUAGUGGUUUUUGUUAACUGUGAACUGACCUUUCACUAAGCUCCAGCUCCUUAAUUACAAAUAAAUGUAAUUUCAUAGUUACGAAUAAACGUAAUUGCAUAGUUCCAUGUAAAAAAGUAGUUACUAAUUAGUUUAAAAUAAACUGGAGAUUUUUGUUAACAGUUUAUGAAUUUGAGUACAAUUGAACUGAGCUUUUGCUAAGCUCCGCCCCCUUAGUUACAAAUAAAUGUAAUUACAAAGUUACAAAUAAAAACUUAGUUGCAAAUUAGUUUAAAAUAAACUGGGGAUUUCUGUGAACUCUUUAUUAUUUAGAACAUGAUCAAAUUGACCUUUCACCAAAGUUACACCCCCUUGAUUAUAAAUAAAUGUGAAUUUUGUAGUUACGAUUAAACAUAAUUGCGUAGUUCCAUGUAAAAAAAAAAAAAAAAAAAAAAAAAAAAGAAAAAAAAAGCAAUUGCUAAUUAGGUUAAAGUAAUCUGGAGAUUUUUGUUAACGGUUUAUAAUUUUGAGCGCAAUUGAACUGAACUUGUGCUAAGCUUCGCCCUCUUAGUUACGAAUAAACGUAAUUACAAAGUUACAAAUAAAAACUUACUUGCAAAGUUGUUAAAAAUAAACUGGAGACUUUUGUGAACUCUUAUUAUUUAGAACAUGAUCGAACUGAUCUUUUGCAAAGUUACACCCCCUCGAUUAUAAAUAAAUGUAAAUUUCGUAAUUACGAUUAAAAGUAAAUACAUAGUUCCUUAUUUAAAAAAUAGCUACUGAUUAGUUUAGAAUAAACUGGAGAUUUUUGUGAACUCUAAAUUACUUUGAGUAUGAUCGAACUGACCUUUUGCUAAGCUCCGCACCCUUAGUUAUAAAUAAACAUAAUUACAACGUUGCGAACAAAAACUUUUUUGUGAAAAAAAUUUUGUGAACUCUUUAUUAUUUAGAACAUGAUGGAACUGACAUUUUGCUAAAGGUUACAUUUAAAUGUAAAUUUCGUAGUUACGAUUAUACGUAAUUGUAUAGUUACAUAUAAAACAGAAUUUGAGUAUGAUUGUCCUUUCGCUAACCUCCACCCCCUUAGUUACGAAUAAACGUAAUUACAAAGUUGCGAAUAAAAAGUUGCAAAUUAGUUUAAAAUAAACUGGAAUUUUUUGUGAACUCUUUAUGAUUUAGAGCACGAUCAAACUGAACUUUUGCUAAGCUCCACCCACUUAAUUGCAAUAAAAGUAAUUUCGUAGUUAUGAAUAAAUGAAAUUUAGUUACCAAUUAGUUUGGAAUAAACAUGAUUUUUGUGAACCCUUUAUGACUUCGAGUAUGAUUGAACUGAUCUUUCCCUAAGCUCCGCCCCCUUAGUUACGAAUAAACACAAUUACGAAUAAAAAAUUUGGUUGCAAAUUAGUUGCAAAAUAAACUGGAGAAUUUUGUGAACUCUUUAUUAUUGAGAACAAGAUGGAACUGACCUUUCGCUAAAGGUAAACUCCCUCGAUUACAUUUAAAUGUAAAUUUCGUAGCUAUGAUUAAAUGUAAUUGCAGAGCUAUAUAUAAAAGUAAUUUCGUAGUUAUGAAUAAAUGAAAUUGAGUUGAGUUACAUCUAAAAAUGUAGUAGUUACUAAUUAGUUUAGAAUAAACUGGAGAUUUUUGUGAACGCCGUAUGAAUUUGAGUAUGAUUGAACUGACUUUUCGCUAAGCCCCGCCCCCUUAGUUGCAAAUAAAAAGUUACGAAUAAAAAACUUGCUCGAUCAAACUGACCUUUCGCUAAGGUACACCCCUUAAUUACAAAUAAAUCAAAAUUUCGUAGCUAUGAUUCAACAUAAUUACAAAGUUACGAAUAAAAACUUAAUUAGUUUUAAAUAAACUGGAGUUUUUUUACUUCCUUAGCUUAGUUCCUAAGUUCUUUAACUACACAUCCUUAGUUGCGAAUAAACUUAAUUGCGCAAUUAUGAAUAAAAACGUAGUUAUGAAUUAGUUUAGAAUAAACUGGAAUUUUUUAACAAAAUGUAUUUUUGAAUGAAUCUAAAUUUACAUAUUUUAAUUUUUUUAAAUUUUAAAUUGUCACACAGGACUUUCUGUCUAGCAACAGUUGCUAAGGUAUGACUGGUGUGAAUUUUUUUUUUUAGGGUGGGGCUUAGUAAAGGGUCAGACACUCAAAGGAAAGGAUCUUAAUGGCAUUCCUACAAAAUGGCAUUAAUACACACAAACACACUCGGUUUUGUAGAUCAGGAAUUCAUGCCAUAUUAUUAGAAUUGAAAUUUCCCAUCAGUGAUAUCAGCUGUGUAACUCUAGUGUGUGUAUAUGUGUAUCGUAGAUUACUAAAGAUUACGUCAUCUAUAUGAAUACAUGAUCUAUCUAGUGUAUAUAGGUUUGUAUAUACCUCAGUCAGAUGAAUAUAAUGUUGUGGAAUCAAGUAGCUGUUCAAUACAGGGAGGAAAAUGUGCAUUAAAUGUUUCUACGCAUUUCGUUGGAUCAUUGUAAAUGAAUUCACGCUGAUGAAGUGAAAUAUUUAUUUAUCUAUUUAUUCAAAGCAAACAGACUUUACAGUGAAAAAAGAAAAGUAAAUGUGCUUCAUGAGCUGCGUGUGUCUGAUAACGAAACGUUCUUCUAGGUGAAGUGGAGUUUGUAUUUUUCCUCAAGCCCUUUUUUCUCCAUUUCUCUUUUCUGUUUAUCGCCGUCGUCAGUUGUUUUUCUCUGCUGGCUAAAAAGCUACUUUGUGGAGGAUGUGAUUUGCUGUCCCUGCUCUUAUCUUGUUUUAUGCUCAUGGCCGGAAAGGAUUCAGUGGUUUUAGAUGUUAUAAGAAAACCGCUUCACUGUCGCCCGAGUCGGGUCGAAGCUCGCUGAAGCUUGUCUUGUAAAAUGAUGCAGUAAUAGCCAAGGAAAUGUGUCGGGCAGCUAUUUUCAGGAGAAGUGAGUCACUCAUCUAUAUUUCAUCCGACAAACCUUAAAUGACUUUGGCCAUGGAUGGAAAUUGUUUAAUUUCUGAGUCAGAAAUAUAACACGUCUGCUAGCAAAGGAAGAGCAGUUCUAGGGUGAACGUCUCGAAAUACGUCAAUAUUCAGAUUGUAUUUCACCUCAAAAUGAAAAGGAAAGAAAAAGCAGUUCGUUUUUGCAUUUAAAAAAACACAAAAACACAAUUCUUUUUAGUAUGCAUUUUAGUAAUUAGAAUUUGGGCAAAAACAUGCUAAAUUGUCCUGAAAAUAAUUGCAAAAUCCAAUUAAUUAAAUAUACAUGCAUAUAUCCAUCUUUUUUAUAUUUUAUUUUGGGCUGAAAUAUAACCUGGACAUGUUGCUGACCGGUUUCAUGGGAUUCAUCUUCUAGUUCAAGAUGGUUUUAUUUGUUUCUCGUCCUUGAAAAUUGUCUAAUUUUUAUUGUGAUGUACUAUAAUCUAGAUAGAAUUAAGUUUAAAAAAAAAAAAAAAGAGAAAAGCCCGUAAAUGAUAAAACUACAUGGUGUGGUCUGUUGAUAUGUGUGGUUUUGUGAGCGUAGUACAAAAAAAGAAGUUUCCAUAACGUUAGGCCGACCAUAUCCGGCAUUAUUACAAAAACAUAUCGCGGUCACAGACUGAAUACGCCGGUACGUAUAUAGCUAUUAGUUCAUCGAUGUGUCCUCAGAAUAAGGAAAAUAAGUAAAAACCAACUUCGUUUCCCCACCACGAGCCACAUUUAGCAUUAUCCCUGCAUGAAACUGUAUGACAUCUCUAUUUAGAUACCUGUAUCUGUAUAAUCUUAUUUAUUUGUUCAUUUAUGCAUCCCUCAGUAUGUGGGGUGCAAUGGGCCAGCAAGUGCAAUAUUUCGAAACCCUAUCUCUUGUAUAUAGUUGAAUGACUGCGUGUGUGUGUGUGUGUGGAGAGCGUCUCAAUGUGCCAUGCUGAAUUUGCACACUAUCUUAACCCACGUGUGGAUGAUCGCUCUGCCUCACCUUCUGUGUUAAACUAUCUUUGUGCUGACAUUAAGACAAAAAACUGUGGAGUUACAUUGGUGUGUGAGCGUGUGUGUGUUGGUGUAUAUACUAGUAUGGAGAAAAGUAAACGUGUAUCUUGUUGCAAGUCAUCUCUGUGGUUUUUCUUUGUGCAUUUGUGUGUAAAUCUCAUUUGUUAGCGCAUGCAUAGGGCUAUGUAUCUUCAAUCACUCUACUGCAAAACGAGUAUUCAGUAGUUUUAUAAUAGCUGUCAUUUCAGGUGUACAGCAUGCAUAAAAAUAGGUUUUUAAUACAAGGGAGUGAAAACAUCUAAACGUACAAAAAAGUACUUGUACUAUAGUAGAGUUGGAUAUCAGAUGGUAAUGAUUUCUGUAUGUCAAAAGGUACAAUGAUUUUACUAUGCUGUGUCCAAAAAACAUAGUACUUUCUUGUCGGUGAACCUCUUUGUUUGCAUUUAAAUAUUUAUUUUCUUAAUCUUAUCAAUAAAGCAUCAGAUAUGCAUUCACCUUGAGAGAAACUACAACUUCCAAAGUCCCCUCGGAACAUUAAAAUGUUUAUUUUAAUUUGUCUAUAUUGAUCUGAGGCUGUCCCCAGAAUAUGGUGAUUUUAUUUACAAAUAUUUUAUUUUUUAAAAAAAGUGCUAAUGUAUCUUCUGGUUUGUGUGGAAAAAAAUUGUUGGACCUAACUUGUGAUAUCCGCAGUGAUUUCUAAUAUUUUAGUUGAAGGAAUCACUCUACAGCUGGUUAUAUUCUGUAUGUGUGGAGUGUGUAUGACAAAAGUGUAUCAGUUGCUGUUGAAAAUACCAAUAAAUAUUCCUAUUGUGUUGAUA